AUGUUUACUGCAUCACCGACAUCAAGCUGUGUUCAAGAUAGGGGGGGCGUAAUUUACAGAGACCUUUUGGCAGCUCGAGAGAAAUACACGAUUAAUUCACCACUGGCAGCUAGAGAAAUAAUUCGGCGACUAUUUUGUGAUCCAAAUGUCGACUUAUGCAGUGUAUUACCACCAGAAUAUCCUUCGCCGGAUCACCCAUACACAUUAAUCUACGAUCUCAUCAAUGCGAACAGUUCCUUUUUUGAGACAAUUCUUGAAAGCGAUGAAAUGCUUGGAGAUGAACUUUGGAACGCGGUGAAGGAACAUUUGGACAAAGCGACGCAAACUUUGAUCAAUUCCGUUAUAAUGGUAUGCGCUGGAGAGUGGAUAAAACGACUACUCCCAAUCGAGGCAUCCACAGAACAGUUUCGAAAUGACUCGUGUCGCCCACAAUUAGUGGCAUAUCGGAUUUGCACACCGCUGAAUCUGUUUUUGCCUGAUUCACCAAUUCUGAAUAAGUUAAGCACUGACAUAUCUACCCAAGUGCAGGAGGCUGAUGUGACUUUACGCCCAAAAUUCAUCUCUUUUAUCUCACGCUUCAUCAUCACACUUUGCUCGACAACGCAAUUUCCUUCCGUUAACAGAUUGGUUCUUUUGCGGCACUUAUGUAAGCAAUUUCACAUAUUUUGCCUAAAUUCUCACGCCAACCCAGAAGUCGCCUCCGUGAAGUUGCGUGUUCAUGUUCGACCAAUGUUUGCUUCGGCGCUUUAUCAAUUCUUACAAGAGACUCUUAAUGAAUGCCAAAGCGUGAUUAUCUUUAAAGAUAUUGUUGAUAUUUGGCUUACUUGGGUUCGUCCAUGGCGCUAUGUGGCACCAAUUGGCGAUGAGAUGUCUAUUGGACCGUUCACACAAUUUGUUCAAAAUCACGAAAAGUAUUACACCGUUCUGCUUGGUAAAAUUUUUCGAAGAAUACGCGAAUUGGGAUCUGGAUCAGAAAGUGUUCGGAUGCUAAAGUCCGUGUUUGAGUGCAGUUGGAAGCCACCAAUGGUAGAUGCUCUCAGGAUGUUGGGCGUGGAUCCUUGUGCAAAGACGAUCGAGACAAUUAAUGCGGUUCGCAGUCUUCGCGAAACAAAAAGAGCGUAUAUCGAUGAAGUAACGGAACGGGCUUUGAAUAAUUCGUGGUGGAAAAAGAUGGUCGGCAGUGAGGAGGAUAACGAGCUAUUCAAGCUAAGGGACGAGGUGAUGCAACUUGAUGACGCCGUGAAAGAAGCGGUCGAACAUCUACAUUUACCACCAAUUGGCUAUUUAAAUACUCCUCCGUCGACCCUUCAAACGUCAACUUCAUCGCACAGGCUUCUUCACACGACUCCUCGUUCUCGAGUCUCAAAAAUACCAGAUCAUCAAAGAGAUCCUCAUACAGGAAUUAUGACGCUUACACCAGAAGGACGUCGGCAGGUUAUUAGUCGUGAAUGCUCAUUCGAUUUCGCCACUUGUCAGUCGACUCUGCCAUCGAUUCUUCUCAACCUUUCAGGUGAAGUCAAAUGGCUGUCCAAGAUGCUGGCUUCCUUAUCGAUGACCCUUUCUGGCUCAUCCUGUAUACGAGAUUUAGCCACGUCUUACGACUACCCAACAUGGAAAGGAACGUUUGCAAGUUAUUAUAAGGUGAUGACGCUUCUUCCCGCUGGCCUUCUGCUCGGACAAGCUAUUGUGAAAGCAAAGCGACCCGCAACACAAAUCGCAGCCCGGACAUCGGCUAUCGCUUCUACGUCAACGCACGGUUACACGAGAAGAAGUGCUCGGCUUUCAUCACAACGCGCGGAAAAUCCAUUCGAGAAAAAGGAGUUGCUGUCUCGAUUGGGUGGACGAGGGAUUCGAACGAUAGCGCUUCGCUCAAAAACCACAGCUGCCGCUCCAACGUUCGACGAUAAGGAAAUGGAAAAGCUUGUUUCUGAUGUCAAAUGGGUAGCCGUUUAUCGCUAUCCCCUUGCGCCAUUGGCGGUUCUUGUCGCUCGAGCAAAAUUGGUUCAAACUGUUGCCAGUAUCAUCUAUUUACCCUACUCAUUCUACAACUAUACGCAAGGCCUGAUCGAUGCUACCUGGUUGAUGAACACGACUCUUUUGGCACUGUUUGCACCGUUAGCUUUGAUGAUUUUCAGCAGAACGAUGAACCGGUUGGUGGGUGUGGUAGCGGUGGACGAAGGAAAUCAAUGGUGCCGAAUAGGUUACGUGUCAUUUUGGGGACGGCGAAAGAAUAAAAUUCGCCCACUCGAUGAUGUGAUUCCAUUGGCGGAAAGUGGAGCUGACACUACUCAUAAACUCGUCAAACUUUCGUUUCACUCAGAUUCUUCUUAUCUGCUGUUACCAACCCGAAAUGUGGAAAUUGUUGAUUUGGAAAGAGCUCGUUUCGUUUUUGGAAAUCUCUCGUUUUUUGCUGGGAUGAAAGAUUCGACGAAA